AGUGGAAAUCUCCCAAAGUGAGGGAAAUUGUCAUCUUAGACAGUUGUCCCCACUGAGGCUAGUAAUGCCCAUGUCGAUAAUAGAAAAGCUUGAAACAUGCUGUGUUCUGACCAGGGGCGAACUGACAACUCAUGGAGCCCUCAGGCAAUAGGGGAUCAUGGGGCCCCUGUGUCCUUGCCCAAACUCAAAAAAGCCUAUGAAAAAAGGUACCAGGGUACCAUCUCAUGGGGCCCCCUACUGACCUCGGGUCCUCGGGCAGUGCCCGAGUUUCCAACUGGUCAGUCCGCCCCUGGCUCUGACUAAGCUUUUGAUAA